GGAUUGAGUGACGUCAUGAAAGUUGUAUUGCUUUUAGCUAAUUUAAUAUUGAUCACUCUGGGCCUCCGUACAUUUCACCUGUUGGUUCUUCCUGCAGACGAGUUCGACGAACUGCUGUCGGACAACAAGACGGUGAUUCUGCAGAACAUCUCCGACGAGCUGAGAGGGCGCCUUCCGGCCGACGCCAUGUUCCCCUCUGAGACUACCGCGUACAGCACGAUGCAGCAGCGCUCUCGGCCGACGGUUCACGUCGACAGUUUCCUGUAUGAUGAAGAUCAGGUGGACUCUCUGUGUGAGGAGGGAACCAUGAGUCGCUCCUACUGUCUCACCUGCGGAUCCUACAGAACCGCGCCACUUGACUUCAUCUCGCACUCGUUCUCGAUACCUGAGCUUCGGUUUCUGUUCGAGAACGUUCUUCCAGACCUGAGUGGUCAGAUGCUGGUGGACGUGGGCUCCAGACUGGGAGCGGUCCUGUACGGGGCGUACGUGUUCAGCUCGGCCUCUCAGCUGAUCGGUUUGGAGCUCAGCGACGAGUUCGUCAAACUGCAGAACGACAUCCUGCAGAAGUACAAGCUGACGGACCGAAUCAAGGUACUCCACACUGACGUCUGCCUGCAGAACGUUCUGCUGCAGAACACGGACGUUCUCAUCAUGAACAACGUCUUCGAGUUCUUCAUGGAACCCAGUGAACAAGUCAGAGCGUGGAGGUUCAUCAUGGAGAACUUCAGGAAGAAAGGAUCUCUGCUGGUCACCGUUCCCAGUCUAAUGGAGAGUCUGAGCCCUCUGCAGCAGGAGGCGCUGCAGCCCGGCUGGGUGGAGGAACUUCCUGUGGACUACGAUGUUUACCUGGGCAGAGACACGGACCCUGACGCUCUCCGGCAGAUCCACCUGUACAGGGUGGUCUGAUCUGAACCGGUCUGGACUGAACUGCAUCGCUGUUCCUGGACUGUUCUGGACCGGGGUUCUACAGGUCCCGGCUCCGGACCGGGGUUCAGGACUCUUUAAUCCUUGAAUAGUGUUGGAGGACUGAGCAAGAGACCAGAGCGAGCUGUGACCCCGUUAAAAGUGAACUCAGUAAUGGUGACAUCACCACGAGUGUGAACUCCCUGUGAUGUCACUCUGCUCACGUUGUUGUCAUGGAAACCUCAGGUGUGUCUGUAAUAAAGAGUCGAAGAGAAACGG